GCCCCCAGCGGGGCCCUCCCACCGGUGAGAGUACGUGCGGGCCGACAGGCAGUGAUGGCGGACAGGCGGAGCAGGGUUUCCUCAUUCCUCUGAACUCUGACCACGACAGAAGAAAACCAAACAAAGACCGGUUAUAUAUCAGUGUCCGCCGCAUAAACCUGAUCCGACACAAGCGUCUGUUUUCACGGUCUGUGCGAGGUGAUUUUUACCAGCAACAUGAGGAUGCCGUCGGUGGAGGCGGCAGCAGCAGCGAGCGGGCUGAAGCAGUGCCGGCAGGCCCAGGGUCAGCUGGAGGAUGCCAUCAAUGGUGUGACGAAGGCCGAGCAGCAGCUGAGAGAAAACGCCCGAGAGGUGCGUUCGGAGCUGCAGAGCUGUGUGAGUCGUCAGCAGGAGGCGUUGCGCUGCAGAGAGGUUUGGCUGCUGGGUCAGAUCGAGCUGCUGGAACAACUCAAGGCUGAAACUCUGCAGCAGCAGCUGCACCAACUGCACUGGCUCCGGGGUCAGUUUGACAUCAUCGCUCAUCAGCUGCAGAACUCCAACAGCAGUAACGACCUGAACAACCAGCUGACCAGCUGCAUGGAGAAGUUGUCUUCACUGAGUCUGACACCAGAGGAAACACCUGAGAUGAGUUUCCAAGCCGACACUCGCUCUCUGAGACAGGCCAUCACCUCGUUCGGCAGUAUCACUGCACAGCUUGUUGAGGGUAUGUCCUCUCAGAGCUCCGCCCACCAGAGAGGUCAGGUGCAGACUUGUCCAAUCGCAGCCAAGAAACAGAAGACCGAGGUCGCAGCUCUGGGCGACUGGCUGCUGGGAACCCGUCCAACCAGCAGCGCUCCUAUUAGUUACCAGUCCAGCAAGAACCCUCAGGAUUGGUUGAUGUCACACAAGGAGAGCAAGAAUUCCUGUCCCGUCCUGGCCUCGGUGGACUUCCUGCAGGCCUGGGGUCAGCUCAGGGACCUGGAGGCGUGGCUGCUCCGGGACCAGGCCCCCGUCAGCAGGGAGAGGACCAGCAGCAGCUGCAGCUCCUCCUCCUCCUUCUCCAUCGAGAAGAUCGACGAAUCAGAGUUUACCGUCACUCCCGAGGAGGAGGAGGAGGAAGGGGGGGAGGAGCUGAACGACUGGCUCAUCACCCCACCCACUGUUGCCAUGGAGGCCAUUUCAGAUGCCGAGCGGUGGCGGCAGGUGUUGAAGCCCUUCGAGGACGGCUGGGCGUGCACUGAUUGGCUGGCGGGGUCGAGCCCCCCGGCCGGCGACUGCUCCUCCUGCUGUCAGACCACCAAAGCCUUGGAGAUUGAGAACCUGGGCCAGCUCAAGUGCCUGAAGACCCCGCCUGCCACCAGCCCCGCCUCAAGCCCCACCACCCCGGCGCCCCCUGCAAUCGCCCCGGUGACGGCCCUGGAGGCAUGGCUGCAGCAGGCAGUUCCGGUGCAGCAGACCUGCAGGGCCAACGAGCUUUGCUCCGCCUACUCGGAGUGCGUCUGCGAGGAGAACUGUGGGAAAGAAGCUCUGAACGUCUGGCUGCUGCAGCAGGACGGACGAGACAAGAACGGAGUCCCUGUGGUCAAGAACGCCCCCGCAACUGAAAAAAACACCCCCACACCCUUGAAAACAGCCCCACCCACCCUGCACCACAGAGAGCAGGAGCAGAAGGUUCAAGCUAUCCUGGAGGCCUGGCUCCACCCCACCAACACCUCCUCCUCCUCCUCCUCCUCCUGCAGGACUCCUCUGAAGGCUCUCACCUCCUCUCUCUCCGGCUGGGUGGCUCCUGAGACGGAGAAGGCCAGCAGGGAGGACCACAGCUCUGACUUCAAGCCCUCCUCCUCCCUGUUCCAGUGCCCUCUGGAUCCAGAGCUCUGGGUCCUCCCAGGAAAGACUCAGACUCCUGCUCCGGGGUCAGGAGGUCAGCCCCGCCCUGCAGAAGAGGAAGACAAGUGGCUGCUGAAGAAGAGGAGUCAGGCUCAGGAGCGUCUGGCGUUACCUACAGUCUGUGACCUGUUCUCCUGUAUGAAGGUGGGCGGGGACAAAGAAAAAUGGCUGCACAAAGCUCCUGUACAGGUGAGCCACACCUGUAACCUGCUGCUACCUGAGGCUGAGGAGAGUCUCACUAACAACAGAUCCACUGUGACGCACAGACACUUAAUAUUGGAGCAUGACUACAAGUCUCAGUUUUUGCUAAGACGGGUCAAGGGUCAAGUCAAUGAAGACACGUCUCUCGUCAGCCGAGACCAGUUACAAGUCAAGUCUCAGGUCCGCAGCUCUGCUCAGGUCUCAGUACCUGAAGACAUCACCUGUUCACCUGUUCACCUGCUGAGUACAUUUGAUCACCCCAGUCAGUUUUAUGGAAAUAUUCCUUCAGGUGAAGUUCAGCUCAGCUCUAUUGUGACCUUUGACCUCCAACCGGCCCACACUCAGGCAGAGUUUGCGGCCGUCCAAUCAGAUUGGAUGCACCGAGCAGGCUGCGCAGGAGCACAGCCAAUCACAGAUCAGAGAGGAUCCGCGCGGUCUGCCGCCCGCCGCCUCUCUCCCGCAGCGACUGAUCCACUCUGCCCAGCGACCUGCCGCUCCGUGCCGCAGCAGCGGUUGCUAGUCGACAGGCUGCCGCUGCUCUCCGGUUGGGAUGUGACAGAGGUGCGGUAG